GAAAAAGUCGAGGAACUUGUCAMCACUUAUACAUCACUUACCAAUUGACAUCYACCAUACCAUGACAUCCGAAACCGACAAAAAGGAAACCUGCUCUUCUACCGAMGCGAAGAAGGAAGGCAUCGUCAAGACAACAAGAGAAUUCGCCGAGAAGCUWGAGAAGUUGUCGAAACCCGCGUUGGAAUUCCUGAUCGUUCUGAUUCCAAUGGUGGUUGAAACCGGGAACAAGCUCUAUGCGAUAUGGAUCAAGCUGGACGACGCCAUCGUGAAAUCGAUCAUCGGCUUUGCGUUCUGUUUCUUUGGAGGCAUGUACCCCACCGUGUUUGCGGGUCUGCAAGCCGCGGAGCAGGGUGGCAGAGCCCUGGUCGUCAAGUCGAUUGGAGASCUGUCGGAAGAAGCCACUAGGAUCAUCAACGAAUCCAAAAAGGACGACAAGGAUUCCGGUACAGACAAACUCUCCAACAAGGACUACAUGAAGCAGAAGACCCUCUUUGUCUUGCAAAAGAUGAAUCCCGAAAAGGUCAAUACCGCUCUGUGCAACAUCUACAGCGUGUGGUUGGCGGUCAUUUCCGUUUUGGUCGUUCASUUUGCCCGUACCAUCCAAAUGGCCAAUUCAAUCGCUGAGUUUCUAGCGAAACCCGCAGACCGCUAUUUCAAGCCCAUCGUGGCAACCGCGCUCCCUCCCGAGUAUCAGCAAUGGGUUCCCAUCAUCAUACCCUGGUAUGUGCAAUACUGCCGACAUUCAAUUUUUGUCGCUUGUAWAAUGGCUSCUUUGGUGCUCAAUUCCUGUAGAAAAUCAAACCUUGUUGUGGGAUGUUUCAGUGAAAAUCUCUUCUCUGAUCGUUCCCAAAAGCAUUCAAUCUCUUUCACCACCAACAUGUUACAUUUGCUCACCAAAGUCUUUCUUUUGCCUCGCAUUCAUUCGUGCAUGCUUUUACAGGACUUGCAGAACGGUUGGCAUGUCUCUCGCCUGGACCCUUACUUCGAUCCAGGUCGCUUUUGCUAGCUCCUUGCAGGGAGGAUUGAUGCUGGCACGAUCCGCCUAUCAAGUUCUUCGCAAACGCAACAUCACCCUGGGCGGUCUAAUCGUAGACGAMCAGUCUAAUUCGACUGUGGACGAAUAYCUUGCCUAUGGACUUGCGGCCCUUGGAUUGAGCUUUCAGCUGUACUUCCGAUUGAAUCCUCCRUUUCCCCUGAAUAUCAUCCUAGCGCCGUUCAAGCUUUKCGAAUGGGCUCUUCGCUACGGAAUGAUGAAGGCAACUGCGUACUAAAGAGUAAAAAUUAACGACAAGAAACAGUCGAUUUUUUGUKGUGCUCAUGCACAUUAUACAUGGGGAAGGAAUGGACUUCAUGCAGCGAUUUUUGUAACUAAAUUGUCUCAAGAUUU